GAUAAUUCUCUCAAUUUUGUUGUGGGACUUAGAAAAUUACGAAAAAAAUACAAAAAGAAAAUGAAUGUUCCAAGAAUUCCUGAGUGCAAAGUGCGCGCGGUCUUCUUCAAUUCUCAUAUGCUCUCUCCUCUGUGAAGUAUUGCGCAAUUUACGCUUUCAUCUCCUUGUGAUCUAAAAUGGAAGAAGAGCGUUCAAAAAAACCUUUCCAGUAUACUAUUCAAGUUCAAGUGGAGCUUCUCUGGAGAGUAGUUUCCCAACUAAUCAGAAAUCAAAAUGAAAAAGGCCUUCGAUCAAACUAUGAGGGAGAUAAAGCGGGAGGUUAACAAGAAAGUUCUUAAAGUCUCUUCAAUAGAACAGAAGGUGCUUGAUUCCACUACAAAUGAGCCAUGGGGUCCACAUGGAUCACUUCUAGCUGAUAUUGCACAGGCUACUAGAAACUACAAUGAUUAUCAAAUAAUAAUGGCUGUCAUUUGGAAGAGGAUCAAUGACACUGGGAAAAACUGGCGACAUGUUUACAAGGCUCUAACUGUUCUAGAAUACUUGGUGGCACAUGGGUCAGAACGUGUCAUAGAUGAAAUCAGGGAACAUGCACAUCAGAUAAAUACGCUAUCCGAUUUUCAAUAUAUUGAUUCCAGUGGCAGAGAUCAGGGAAGCAAUGUUAGAAAGAAAUCUCAGUGUCUUGUAGUUUUAGUAAAUGACAAGGAAAGAAUGCAAGAAGUUCGUCAAAAGGCAUCUGCAAAGCGAGACAAAUUCCGCAGCGUGUCAAUGGGUAGUGUGACUCAUCCCAGUUCGUAUUCAAGUAGAAGAGGAUACGAUGAAGGUCGUUAUGGAAGUAAAGAUGAUGAUCAAAUUGGUUAUUGGAGGGAAAGAGGAUGGAGCCACAAAGAAAGAUAUGACAGAAGUUAUGAUGAAGGCGACAACAAUUAUGCAUAUAGUGAUAGCGAUUAUCGUGGAAGUGGAACAAGCCAAAGCAUGUAUGAAUAUAGUAAUGGCACAAGAAGUAGAAGCUUUGACAGAGGGAGAGAAAUUGCAUGUGACGGCAGUGGUCAACAUUCAUCAAGAGGAGGUGGUGCCAGAGCUGAGGAGUGCCCAGAAAAUGAAAGGUUCUUUUUCCUCAUUUCUUUUGAUACUCUUAAGGAGUGUUUGGGUUUGCUUAAAAAAAGCGCUUUUCAGCUUUUGGCUUAAAAAAAGUUGAAAAGAGUGUUUUCAAAUGACAGCUUCUGCUUAAAUUAAUCACUUAAAAGCUAAAAGCUGGAAGCAGGUAGAAGGGUGCUUUAAACUGCUUCUCACUUUUUCUAUUACACAAAAAGUACUUAUUUUACCAAACACUACCAACUUUUACUUUUCCAGAAUCACUUUUUUCUCAAACACUACCAACUUUUACUAUUAAUCACUUUUCUCAAAAUCACUUUAAAAAAUCACUUUUUUAAAGUUGAACCAAUUGCAAACACUCCCUUAGAGCAUCUCCAAGGGCUUAUUAAGAAUUCCAUUUUCUUUGACUUCAAUAGCACCAUAUUUUUUUGUCUCUACCGGAAUCUUCAUAUAUGAAAGAAUAAAAUAUAGAGAAUCUAAGCCAUUCUCCAUCAAAUCUUGUAGGCAUUUACAUGGGAGUUUGGGACCCACCUAUUUUGAGAUGUUUAAAAAAGGAUGAUUCCUUAAUGAUGAAGAGCCAUUUUAAGCGCAGUGUUGGGAAUGUAAUAAAAUUUCACUCUAUGUUUUUAACUUUUCACUCAUGUGCACAUGGACACACAAUAUGAGAUUAGAAAAAAUUUGUAUGAAGAAAAAUUAAAGUGCUUUGUAAUUUAGUCAAUAAUAGUUUCCUCGAAAAUAGAUACUACAUAGUAACUUUGGAGAUGCUCUUAUUUUGGCAAUAGUCUGCUACAAAGAAUUGCUAAUUAACAAGAUUUUCUACCCUCUCUAGCAAUCAACGGCUUGAGAGGAAAUUUUCAGAACAGAACCUUGCUCCUCUGAGUACGGAGGAGGCUGUUGGUGCACACACACAUAAUGCUGGGUAUUGUAUGUAAAUUAUCAUGCCUUAACCCUUUACUUGGUGCAUAUCGAAUAUUCAUUAUUUUUUUUCAAUGAUAAAAAGAGAUGUGGAAACUUCACUUGUGCCUGAUGCAAGUACAGUUCAAGGCAUAGGUGCACCAGAAAACAAUGAGGUUGUUGGAUUGAGUGAGAUUGAUCCCCAUGCUUCCUUGCCAGCAGAAGCAGCGCAUGAUGCCACUAGUACUGCUGCGGGCCCUGAAAUUGAUUUACUUGGCUCUCUAGUUGAAUCAUUCUCUUCCAACCCACUAGCCCUUGUACCGGCUGGAUCACUUACUACAGCUUCACAGGGCCUUGAGGAUCCCUUUGGUGGUGAACCCUUCAAAGUUAUCCCAUCUUUGAAUGGCAUAGCUGCUCAACCUCUUGAAUCUGUUCCUUCAUCAACUCAAAAUCUUGAUGUUCCUCAACCAGCAGCAUCUCAUAUCUCCAGCCAGGAUAUUGACAUAUUGGCUCAUAUUCUCCCACCAUCUAGGAGUGUUUCACAAAGUGAGCCACCAAUCCCGAAUUACCCAAUUGCAUUUCUACCUCAAUCUACCCAGCAAGCCCUGCAUAUACACCUUGUAUCUCAUCAAAGCGGUCUGACUGCUCAGCAUGGCUGGUUUCCAUCUCAUUCUGGUCAGGCAUCUUUGAUGACAGGUUUUGCUGCUCAACCUGGGCAACAGUUGUUACAGACAAGUUUUCAAACUACUCAUGUUGAUUCAGGAAUGUGGUUUUCUUCCCAAACCAACCACCAACCUCCAUCUUUGGUAGCUAUUCCAGCUCAAGCUGGUUUCGUUGGAGGUUAUAAUGUACCUGCCGGACCUCCACACUCAUUUCCACACUCGAUGAGUAUACAAACUGGAGCAACAACUACAAAUGAUCAUAAUAAUUAUAAUAAUGCUCAGAGUUUUAUCUCACAUCAUCAUGGCGCCCAAGUGCCUUCACAAAUGUCGGUUGCCCUUCAAUUUCCAAAAACUCAAACAGCAUCAACUGUCUCCCCUUUAGCCAUUCAGCCUCUUUCUCAGCCAGCCAAAGAAAAGCUUGAGAUAAAGUCAACUGUUUGGAGUGAUACACUCAACCGUGGACUGGUCAAUUUGAACAUUUCUGGGCCUAAAACAAAUCCAUUAGCCGACAUUGGGAUGGAUUUUGAGGCAAUGAACCGCAAGGAAAAGCUAAAGGUUAAUCACACUAACACCACAGGGACACCAAGUGUUAUUACAAUGGGAAAAGCCAUGGGAUGUGGCUCUGGUAUGGGCCGUGCUGGUGCGGGUUCUCUUAGACCUCCACAAACAAUUCAGAUGGUAGGGGCUCAUACAGGAGCAGGAAUUUCCAUGGCAAGAAGCUACAGAGGAAUGAACAACCAAACAAUGGGUAUAGGAAUGAGUAGGCCAAUGCAGCUGCAGCAGAUUCAACAACCUACUACAGGCUUUCCUCCGGGUCCAAAUGUAGCUGGAGGAGGUUACUAUCCUCUGCCUGGAGCUAGGAAUUAUGGUCAGUUUGGUGGUGGAUACAGUUGAGGUCCAAUCAACCUUGGAUUAUGCAAAUGUUGUGGACUUGCAGGAUCCGUUUGGAAGGUGCGAAAACACAAGAUAAACUGAUAAGGAAGAAAAGGAGAGGAAUAUUGGAGUGCAAAAUUUGGUGGAAAUAAAGAUAGGGUCAAACUUAAUUUUUUUUUCUCCAAGAAAACUCACUUGGUGUUUUAUCGUUUCGAUAGAGUAUGCAUACAAGUAAGAUUGUUAUCCCUUCAUUUAUUUACAUGUAUAUUGGGCUUUAGUGCUUGACAUAUAAAUUCUAUUCAUUCCCUAUUUGAAGGGGUUAGUGAUAAUGAAAGUACAGAUUUUUCUCCAGCA